GAUUUGCUGAUUUGCCCAAAAAUCCUCAGAAACCGAUUCUUUAAGUAUUUGAGAGAUUUUCUGAUUCCUGAGGUUACAACGACAUUCAUAUAGGUCAUGAGAAAACUUGACAAAAAGGUCCUCUGCAUGUAAGUAGUUUGAAAUCGUGAGGUGAACGCUGUAAACGGUCUGUGACCAAUCUUAUUACUGUGAAAGGGAAAGCGGAAGUACCGAACAUCACUCGAAACAAUUGCUUUUGGACCAGAAGAGAAGUACGUCUACCUAAAACCGGGCGAAAAUAUAAGCAGCUGAAGAUCCUUAAGUUGUAAGUGUUUGUUCCUACUUGCUUCAUUUGCUUUUGUUGGUGAUAUCAACAAAUUUCGACGUUUUAAGUAACGUUGUUAGUCAGCUGGUUAGUUAUAUAUAAAUACAGUGGUUUACAUUUGCAGAAUGGUGUGAUGUAAGUUAGAAUGGAAGAUUUAUCGAGACAAGAAUCGGAGAAGAGAGAAUCUCAAUCAUCGGUUGCAGCAGAUAAAAGUGAAGGGACUGAGCACCUUGUUGGCGAGCAACCAUUACUCGACACGUCCAAGGAAACCAUUGAAUCGGCAAACGUUGAUGGUGCUUAUGGGUCGAACCAAAACAAGAAGAAAAAGAAGAAAAAGAAAAAGACGGCAGAUGCGUCAGCAAAUGUAAAAGUUGCCGAAAAUACGAGUUAUGAGGAGAAUCGCGAUGAAAGUGAAGGUCAUUCUCCGUCCAAUCCCCAAGGCCAGUCUAACUCUUCGACGUCGAUGGGAACUGCUGUCGAACGUAUUGAUUGCAAACCAGUAAGCGAAGCCUCACCAGGACUUCCAUCAGCCGAAAACGAAAUUCCACAGGAAAGCACAAAGAAAAAGAAGAAAAAGAAAAAGAAAAAGAGAACAGAAAUCGCUUCUACUUGCGAUGAAGGUGCCCAUGCCGGAAAUGGGUCAGAUUCCACUUCGAUUGUUGUCGAAGCUUCUUCGCAGCCAAAUAAAACGUCAGUCACCGAGGAGUCACACCAACUGAGUGGUGAUAGGAAAGACAUCGAAGAAAAAAACAAACAAAGCGAGAUGACUCGUGAAGGUGCUAAUUCAAACUUCGACUCAAAUCCUAUUUCACAUAACCAGACUGAGGCGAAUUCAAGUCGUCCGAUUGAAGGGGAUUUUCCUGACGUAGCAGGGGAUAAUAGCCUUCCUCCUGUGGAGAAAAAAAAGAAAAAGAAAAAGAAGAAAAAGCAGGAGUCCGAUUCACAACCACCCAUCAGUGGAACUAGCUCUUGUACUGGGACUGUAACAGAAAAUGAAUUUGUUGCUGAUAAUGAAAUCUUAUCUGGGACAUUAACAUCGAGGGACGGUUCGUGUAGUCAGAAGAUUGUAAAAGAGCCAAUAAGUUGCCUGGAAAAGGCAGCAGAAUUGACAACGGCUGGAUCAGGUGCCUUUCCCCCUUUGAUGCAAGACGAGAAUCUUGGCACAGCUGAAGCCACCACCAUGAAGGGCAGUGACUUUGAAGUCACCAACGAUUCAAGCAGAAAAGACAAAGCAGGCAGCAAAGACUCAGACAAACAAGAGGAGAAGCCAGACUAUGCUAAUCCCAUGUUAGUUAAAGAAAUGUAAGUAGAAAUGCACCCUUUUCAUAGAUGUUUUUUUACAAAUGUUUUAACCCUCGGACGCACAAAGGGGGUGGAUGCCACCAUCCAUAAAGUUUCUCUGAGUUUUUUUCCUAGAGGAUACAACAUCAGUACCUGAGGUUUUCAGUAGCUGUUCAUUCAUCCCUCGCGCACAUUUUGAGACUUGUUUAGUUAUGUUUAGUUGCUAUGGUUGCGAGAUAUGACGUCAUAACAGAAAGUGGUCAAGCCAAUUUUGGGUGAAAAUACAUGUUUUUUCAACUUCUUUCAAAAAUAAAAGUAAAUCGGGUGGCUAAAAUAAAGUAAAGUGUUUAUUUAUGUGUUAUUUUUCAUGUAAAGCACAAAAAAUUACCAUUUCUUGAUUUUUAAACCUAAUUUCUAAUUCUUGGUAAAAUCCAAGAUGGCGACCAUUGUUGGUGACGUCACAGGCUACCAGUAGCGCCCCCACCCCAUGAAUGUACCUCAUCUUGUUAAGAAGAUCAAAGGCUUUCCACCAAAGGUAAAAUCGUUUCAAAAUACUGCAACAUAUCUAAAACUCCCAGGAGAGGUUCCAUCCAUCCCCCUCACCCCCCCUUGUAACACGGUGGGGGUAUGAAUUUACGUGUACGUCCGAUAGUUAACAUUCUCUUACAAUUUUAUUUGGCGCUUCAAGACAAAAUGAAAACACAGAGAUAUUUUAACACAACUAUGAAAACACAAAAUCGGGUAAAUUCUAGCAUUUUUUGUGAUUUAUGUGAAAAAAAAAUAGAACUUUAACGGCUGGGGACUUUGCUAAUAGGUUUUGGGGUGAAAAAGAGGGCGGGGAGAUCAUGGUGAUUGGGGAAUUCUUUCAACCUCAAUAACCAGUCCACCGCAAUACAAGAUCACAUUCUGAAACCAUAUUUUUGCUUUGCUAUAGGAGGAAUAUGCUAUGCAUUUUCAAGCUGAUUUAUGGGGUAGGCCUUCGAGCUCUCAGAAGUCUCUUUAUGGAUAUCAAUCCCUCGUGGUCCAAUCAGCCUUUAGAUGCAGCCUGCUUUGACAAAGGGACAAUGAAGCUCAGAAAAGAACAAGAAGUCCUUUUCAACAAAGGAGACAUUAACGAAUGGGAUUUCUCCUUAAUGACAACAGUACUUCUUUACUCCAAGAUUUGUUCAGUUGAGAUAAGCAAGAAACCUGAUUUCGCACCUGCUCUGAGGGAACUGAGAAAGUGCCGCAAUAGUUUACUGGGACAUCCUUCCACCGAAAGAAUGUCUGAAUCGGAUUUCAACACCUUUUGGCCGCUUUUAUCCGACAACUUCAUUAAGCUUGGUGCAGAUCCCACAGAAGUUGCAGAAAUAUUGCUCCAGUCAGGUAUCUGUAGUAAUAAAAAAGAAACCCUCUAUGUAAUCUGUGUCCUAACGUUUCUCGAAAGAUCUGGAGAAACUUACAUAAUUCAUUUGAGAUGCUUUGUGACUUUGAAAGGUAUUUAAAAAUACAUUGGUGCUCAUCAGUUCCCGCUCAGUUCGCAAGUCUUGAGGAACUUGGGACCUGAAAAAUGCCAAAUCAGCUAUAUCCGGUAUACUGAAAGUUUAACUGUUUCAGAGAAGCAGAAGAACGUUGUGAAAAACCUUUGCUUCAAAGCAGUAUGCGAAUAUAGCCUCAACUGUGUUAUUUGAUGAAGGAAUAGAUUGAGUCAUUAAAUGAACCAAUCAGCUUCAUUAAUAAGCGAAACAGCAAACCUUGGGCAGUUUUUGUAGUACCUAUAAAAUAUGGCCAAUUUUUUAGAAACGUACAAUUACCUGUUGCGUUAGCAGGGAAGAUCGCUUGACCAACGUUAGGCGACCUCAAGAGUUGACCUUUUUCAUGUAUUCCUGAUGAAAUACAAAUAAAUAAGUUAAAAGUUCUACAGUUAUAGGACUUAUCAAGGAGUUGAGGUGUGCCUGAUUUUUCAAGUUUUUGCUCUUAAUUUGUUGUUAUUCUUGUUGAAUUAGAUGAAGUCCACUACUCAGGAGAAUACUACAAACAGCUGUUUCUAAAAGAAAAAUCCAAAGAAGACUAUUGCAGGGAAAAGCUAGAAGUCAUUGAAAAGAAAUUGGACACUGUAAUUGCAAAUCAACCGACUGAAGCUGCGCCUGGCGUUUUAAGCGACGCAGUUAGCCCAAAGGAGCUCAGCGGCCCCAACUGGGAUGAGUGGAUAAAGUUCUGUGAUGUUGUUGGUAACUUUGAGUCACACCUGAAUCAGUACAUCCUGGUUACAGAUGCCCUUCCUAAUGAAGAAUUGGAGUGCUUUUCGGUUUUGAGAGCGGUGUCGUGGAAAAUGGUCUUAGAUUUUGAUCCAAUGUCAGAGGAAAAGGGUUUCUAUUGUGAAUUCACCUCGAAGGAGGGACAACGUAAUUUAGUCAAUAUGCUCACACCAGCAGAGUUAAGAAAAAGCACAAUGGGUAGUCUUCUACGUCAAAUCGAUCCCCAGAAGAUUCAGUGGCUCUUUAUUAAUGGCAGGCAGAGUGAUGCUGAGGGAAGUUCACAGUCAUUUCCAGAUUGGGAGGCUACCUCAGUUAAACACGUCACCAGGCUCUUUAGCUGCUGCUCUGAUCCUGACAAAUUUGACAAACAGAAACCUAUAGUGUGCCUUAUUCUUCCAUUUCGCAACGUGACUCUGCCAUAUUUGAAUGUAACCUUGAACCGUCUCAUAGAAAAUUUUGAUGAAUUCAGAGUGAGGUUUGUCUCCUUCAAGCACGAGUUUUCUCACCUAAUUCCAAGAAAGUUCGAGGUCCGUCAUUUGGACUUGAGUCCCAAACUUGUCCGUUUGGGUUUGUCAGACUUACUAAGUGUGUCAGCAAGCCAAGAAUACCGCCUGCCCUCUUCGCACGCUGGUAUUCCUGCCAAACUAAGCCAGAAUGAAUUUCUUUACCUCAGCGAACACCUGGAAAUCCUGUAUCAAGGAUGUGAAAGUCUGCCAGAAUUUUCAGAUGACCCAGCUGAAGCAGAGAUUUUUUUUGAAGAACACAGAAAAUCAUUCAUGUCAGGAAACCAAAUUUCGCUCAUAAGUCUUUAUGACAAUCACGACGCAAGAAGAGAAUUAAGUGUGGAUAUAAAAAACCACGUUCAACGUCUCCUCGAUCAGGGUUUGACGCGAUCUAUGAUUGUUGAAAUCAGGCACUCUCCUGGAACUGGUGGUUCUACCAUUGCCCGACGGGUCCUGUGGGAUCUGCACAAGACAUACCCUUGUGCUUUACUGAAAAUAUUGAGCUCUCCACACUACUUUGACGAGGACAACACACUUUCAGACAAAUUUGCCGACCGUAUAUCUGCAUUAGAAGAAAUUUGCGAGACAUCUCCAGUGAUCUUAAUAGAUGGACAGCAAUCGGGAAUGAUUGGGGGCCUGUCAAACAAGCUUGUGCGAAUGCUCUGCAACAAAGGUAAACGAGCCCUUUUGUUACGUUGUCAGCAUGGAUCAAAAACGUCGAGAAGGGAGGAGUCAUCGAAUGUUCACUUCGUAUUUGAUGUGAAUGUGAAGCUAGAAGAGUCGAUUUCUGAUCUCAAUGAGUUCCAAUCGAAGUACAAGGAAUACAUCAGUAAAACACUUGGUGAAAACCAACGACCUAACCUGCGCCGUGUGUUCCAUUUUCCUCUGCUUUCCAUGAUGGAAGAGUUUCGUCCCAAAUUGGAGAAGAUCAUCGAUGACACCCUGGACGAAAUGGGAGGUAUUCAGCAAGAAAUAGCGCUGGUAGUCGCUUUCUUACAGAAAUAUGCCAAUCAUACCACACCGGCUCUACUCCUUUACGAUGCGUUUAAGGAUUACAUUCGUGUUUCACAAGAUGAAAAAUCAGCUACCUAUGAAGACAUCAAAUGCCUUUUCACCGAGCAGUUGCUUAACCUAAUGAUACCGGCAGAACCACUCCGCCGCAGAGGGAAAUCAAGUGGCCCACGGAACGCGGCACCCGAAAAGUACACUCUUCAACAUCCGUUAGUUGCAGAGUUGGUGCUAAGGAAGGUUUUACGGGCACAGGAAUGUGAUCUGUUUGGAAUGGUCAGAAAGUUCCUUCAGCUUCCUAUUUACCAUCAAGAAUGUUUCCUUCCUCUUUUUGAGGAAUUGUUUCUUUACAACAAGUAUGGAAUGAAACUUAAAUUUUCAAUCCUGUUUGAAGACCUAAAGCGCAUCGAUUCAGAGCUAGCAGGACAGGUCUUUUGUCAAGCAGCUGUGAAAACGAAUGACGCCGCCAUAUUUGCCAACGCAGCAAGAUUCCUAGCAAAGAAGGAGCCUCCAUCUUUUGAAAAAGCCAAAGUUGUCAUGCAGCAAGCUUUUCAAGCCAACAAAUCGAUGGUUAGAUUGCGCAGCUUAUACCACACGAAAGGUGUUGUCCUGUAUAACGAAAUGAAGCACAAUAUCAAUACUGGGAAAGUAAAAAAUCUCCAAACUCUUGAAGAUCAAGCCAGUGAAGUACUCAGCGCUUACCACAAGGCACGCAACUUCCCUCCAACAUAUCCUCAUCCCUUGAUUGGCGAAGUUGAAGUUUGGCUAGCUUGUGUUGACUGGAUCAUGAAGAACAAAUGCAAUCGCGAUUCGGAUAACACUUUGAAGUUUAUUACCAAACUUUCACCUUCUUUCUUUCGCACCUGUGUCAGUGAUUCUUUUUAUCUUCUUGAUGUUGUGGAUGAAAUUGUGCAAAGUGUACCAAACUUGACAGAUCCUGAAGAAACCCAGCGGCUCAGUAAUAAUGCGCGCUUAUCGCUGAUGGUGACCUUUAAACAAGGUCUUUCAGCAACUGGACGGAGGAAACAUACAGAUGAAUUAAUCCAGGUCUGCGAGGCACUGUGCAGUGCUCCCAAUUUUCCAAGAACGUCACAGAUAGAGCUAAAGAAGCUUCAGGCUUACUUCUUUCUACAUGCUAGUGAUCCAAUCGACUUAAACUUUGAAAACCUCCAGUAUCUACUGAGGCUCUUGGAAGAACUGGUUUUAGUGGAGAAUGAAUUUCGGCUUGCUCACCAUUUGAUGAAAGUGUGUGUUCUGGUAACUGGACCAAGAAGCUACAGCCUCCAGCAAGGCCUAACUCUAAGUGAGAGAUGGCAGGAUGCUUCCCCUAACGAUUGUAUGCCUUAUUUUUAUCAAAUGGCCAUUUACUUUUUGAACAUCCUUGACGGGCACUCACUUGAAUUUGCGGCAAAGUACGUCAAAGCUUUAAGAAUGUGCCGCGAAAAGUCCCAGAACCAUUUUCGAAGUACACAGUCUACGUUAUUUGUGGGAAAAGAAGGGCAAGGGAUGUCUCGCCUUAUCAACCGCAACACUUUAUUCCAAGGGGAAACUGAUUACGCUACAGACAAGUCUGAGAAAGUGUCAAAAUUCUGGAGGAUAGACAGUCGGAGGAAACUGCUGGAAUGUAAAGGUCGGAUACGAGUUGAGCAGUCUUCAGGUCGUCCUGGGAAGAUCCACCCUUACAUUGAACUAGUACAAGGAAACCUGCAGCUUUAUGUUGGCAAGAAUGCAAACAUUGGCAAAGCAGAAAGGGACUUUGCCCCUGGUGCUCUGGUAUACUUUGUCGUAAGUUUCAACCUUCAUGGUCCUGUUGCUAAUGGGAUUACUUUCUCGUCGCAAAAGCCAUCUCAUGUUUAAUGGCUUUGCAUUAUUGAAGUGUUGUUGAAUGAAGAAAAUGAAAAGAGAGCUUAAGGAGGACUACUGGGAAGACGAGAUCAAUCUCGACCCAGAGCUGUUCUGCGCAUGUAGAGGAGAGAGCGCACGCAUUCCCAAACCCGUAAGCACUGGGGUCGAGAAAAGGACGAGAUUUUUUCAAUACUAAGUAUUGCGCGCAUGAACCAAGGCGAAUCUAGGUUUAUGUUGAAUGCACACUGAGGCUUUCUAUCUUAUCACCUAAGGUAGGAAAGAGCUCGGCAGGGUAGUAUGGCAGUUGGAAAUACAAUCAUAAACAGGCAAAUGCAAAAUUGAGAGCUGCCUUGAUGAAUAAGGAUUUUAAAGCUUGAGUAUUGUCUGUUGCUGAAGCCAUGAUUGAAGCUCUGCACCAAAGUAUCGCUAACUCGGAGAUGCAGUAGCAAAGUGCGCAGCGAUGAUCAGCAGUUUUGAAAGCAUAAUAAUCACCAUUCCAUCACAGCCCAGUAAAGAAACGAUAAACUAAACCCUUUAUACCCAUUAUCCACCGUGAUUGAUAUCUUUCAUGACAAGAAACAGCCUUUUUUUCUUCGACAACUCUAUUUUGGAGCAACAGUGAAUUCAAAGAUUUAGGAAUAACUUAGUUCUCUGAUCAGCAUUUGAGAUGGAAUUCGCACAUCGACAGGUUGUGGCCAAAGCAAACAGGAUGCAAGGACUAAUUGAAUAACAGAACGUGCAGAAAUUUAGGUGAUCACGAGACACUGAGAACUCAUUAAGAUGAUUUAUCUCUUAGGAAGAGAUAUACAAGAAGGAGCAUUCUUAAAUACAGAUUAUUUCCUUUGGGUUGUUGACACAUAGAACUCCCUGCCUUACAUUCUUAGGGCAGCAACUGUAAAUUCUUUUUAAGUAGGAGUAAAGAAAUUAUUUAUGGAAUAGAAUAUUCUCUUUUUUUGCAAUGUUAAUCUUUUCCUACCAUUAUUAUUUAUUGUUAUUAUUCAUAAUUAUCAUUACCG